AUGCCCGCCGUCGACAAGCUCCUUCUGGAGGAGGCUUUGCAGGACAGCCCGCAGACUCGGUCGUUGCUCAGUGUAUUUGAAGAAGAUGCGGGAACCCUUACUGAAUACACAAACCAGUUGCUUCAGGCAAUGCAGCGAGUCUAUGGUGCUCAGAAUGAAAUGUGUCUUGCCACGCAACAGCUUUCGAAGCAGCUCCUCGCCUAUGAAAAGCAGCAUUUUGCCUUAGGGAAAGGAGAUGAAGAAGUGAUAUCCACCCUUCAUUACUUUUCAAAAGUUGUGGAUGAGCUCAAUAUUCUUCAUUCUGAAUUGGCAAAACAGCUUGCAGAUACAAUGGUUCUCCCAAUAAUACAAUUUCGGGAAAAGGAUCUCACAGAAGUAAGCACGCUGAAGGAUCUUUUUGGCCUUGCUAGCAAUGAACAUGACGUGUCCAUGGCAAAGUAUAGCAGGUUACCGAAAAGGAAAGAAAAUGAAAAGCUUAAGGCAGAAGUGGCAAAAGAAGUGGCAAAUGCAAGGAGAAAGCAGCAUCUUUCAUCUCUGCAGUAUUACUGCGCCCUGAAUGCUCUGCAGUACAGGAAGAGAGUGGCAAUGAUGGAGCCUAUGCUAGGAUAUACACGGGGACAGAUCAACUUUUUUAAGAAAGGAGCAGAGAUGUUUUCCAAAAGGAUGGACAGCUUUCUUUCAUCUGUUUCGGACAUGGUUCAAAGCAUACAGGGAGAGUUGGAUGCUGAAGCUGAAAAAAUGAGGAUAUCCCAGCAGGACUUGAUUUCAGUUAAUGAGUCUGUUUACACCCCAGACUCUGAUAUAACUUCACCUGCUAUCAAUAGAAACCUCAUCCAGAAGGCUGGCUACCUGAAUCUUAGAAAUAAAACAGGUCUGGUGACUACAACCUGGGAAAGACUGUAUUUCUUCACUCAAGGUGGCAACUUGAUGUGUCAGCCGAGGGGAGCAGUAGCUGGAGGAUUGAUUCAGGACCUGGACAACUGCUCUGUUAUGGCUGUAGACUGUGAAGACCGAAGAUACUGCUUCCAGAUUACUACUCCUACGGGCAAAGCGGGUAUAACUCUUCAAGCAGAAAGCAAGAAGGAAUAUGAAGAGUGGAUAUGUGCCAUCAACAACAUCUCCAGACAGAUCUAUCUCACCGACAAUCCAGAGGCAGCUGCAAUCAAGUUAAACCAGACAGCCCUACAAGCAGUGACUCCCAUUACCACCUUUGGGAAAAAGCAUGAAGUUCACCAUUCCAGCCAGAAUGUAAGGAAUACAGAAAAUGAUAAAACAACGCCCAACGAAUCAGCUGGUGCUCAAGACUCGACACAACUCAUUGCUCUUGGAACACCGAUUCAGUUUGAUAUUGUACUGCCUGCCACGGAAUUCCUGGACCAGAACAGAAGUGGCAGGCGUGCAAACCCAUUUGGGGAAUCCGAAGACAGCAGCAAAAAUGAGGAAGAAGAUUCACUCUUGCAGCAGAUGUUCGUAGUUCGGUUUUUAGGAUCUAUGGCUGUCCAGUCAGAUGACACAAGUGAGGUGAUUUAUGAAGCUAUGAGACAAGUGUUAGCUGCUCGUGCCAUUCAUAACAUCUUCCGUAUGACUGAAUCCCAUCUCAUGGUCACCAGCAAGAACUUGAGGUUAAUAGAUCCUCAAACUCAAGUUACACGAAUAAGUUUUGAACUUGCCACUGUGACACAGUUUGCUGCUCAUCAGGAUAACAGGAGACUGAUUGGUUUUGUGGUCCAUCUCAGUGAGACUCCGGGAGAAGAAUCCAUGAGCGCAUACGUUUUUGAGAGCAACACAGAAGGAGAAAAGAUUUGUUAUGCCAUUAGCUUGGGAAAAGAAAUCAUUGAGGCACAGAAGGACCCAGAAGCAUUAGCUCAGCUAAUGAAGUCUGUGCCAUUAACAAAUGAUGGGAAGUUCAUGCUUCUGAACGAUCAGUCAGAAGAGGAUGGAACCACACAUGAAGAAGGGGAAGAAUCAGAAGCAUAAAAACUCUCGACCUUUCCUACCUCCUGUCUGGGAGCAGGAAGAGCGGGGAGUCUUCGCCAGAAGCUCAGUUUUUAAAUCAUCUGUGCACACUCAAGGCCAGCUUCCGUCAUCCUGCUAGAGAGAAUGCGGUGUCUUUGCAGUGGAGUCUCCUGGCUUUACAGCGAAACAAAAGCAGAACCUGGGCCUUGGGGAAUUUUUGCAUUUGUGAAUGUGUAGUGUAGAGGGGGUCAGGGAAGCUGACAAUCCUAGGAGAUGUUUCAGCAUUAGCCCUUUGCUGCUGGCAGUUCAGACAGCAGAACUGUCAGCCACAAAGGGUUAAUGUUACUUCUGCAGAUUAACAGUGAGAAGCCUUCAUUUCUGCUGAAAUUAGUACAAGUUGUCAGCUCCUUUAAAAAAACCAUCAGGCCUCAAACUUCCUACCAUAGUCAGUUUUUAUAGUUUGCAUGAUUCUGUGCAUCUGAAUGAAGGUUAAAAAUGCACUAUUUACUUUAUUUUCAGAUGAAGUUAUUUUUAGUCUAGUUUAAGUGUAACAAGAUUUAUCUUUUGUGCUAGUCUAUUUACAGAACAAUUUGUUAAACACUAAAUUUUUCCUAUUAAUAUAAUCUAUUUUUAUAUUGCAUCUGGAAUAAGCUUACAAAACAAAUCCAAGUGCCUACUCUUACCUUUAUGGGGACCGCACUCACAUUCCGUAAUUAAAUAAUGGACAUACUGCACCUCCUCCAUUUAUUACUCUAAAUACCACUGACAUGCAAACAUCAGAAGUAGUCAGCAAGUGGGGCACGUUAGCUGUGUGCAGUUUUUCUAUGGUUAGGUUUCUUAAGUUGCCAGAGACAACUUGUAAGACAACUAAGUACUUUUUAUAGAGUUCUUUGUAUUUUUAACAUUGUGGUGACGUACAACAUUGCAGAAUCUACCAGCAAUCUUCAAUUUUAAGAAGCUGAGCAAUAGUUUCACAGUGCAUUCCUGAAAUUAAAUGCUAUAUACCUUGGCUAAUAAGUUUAGAUUUUUUUCCCCUCCAGUUUAACCUGAAAACAUGAGAAGCUGCAUUUUGCAAGAACAAACAAAAAUAAAUAGGAGUUUGGGGGGGGGGGGGGGGGGGUAGAGGCAGGAGGGCAUCCGUAUGUGGCACUGUUUAUAUUAAUCAAGAUACGGUAACUGGACCAAAUAGCUGAAUGUUCUUCAACUGAAUUUAACUCUUCUCAAGCACUUAAUAGGAAACUAGGUUUUCUGUAAGCAAUAUGUGCUACAGCAUCUGAAAGAUUACAGUUUGCAAGUGUUUGACAUGGAAUAAAUUCGUUUAGUUGUUUGUUGAAUGUUUGUAAGAACCAUGGAAGACAACUGUUAGUAACUGACACAAACACUUCUUCUUAAAUAAAAGUUGAAGCUGUCAUAUUAAAAAAA